AUGAAAUUCAAAUUAACUAGACGCGAUAAACCGGUUUCAGUGAAUGAUAGUAAAGAUAUACGAGAAACUCAUCUUCCAUCAUUAGAAUUCAAUCGUCAUGAAGAAGUUAAUAAUUUAUCAACCUUCAAUGAAAAAGAUAAUGAUACAUAUAGUUUAGCAUAUUCAUCGAAUCAAUCAAAUGAAAUAAUUAAUUAUUAUUCAAAUAAAUUUGAACGAAUAUAUAUAUGGCUUGAUAGUGAUUUCUAUUCAAUGGAAAAACGUUUUCAAUCAAUAAUUUAUCCAAAUCAAUGGAAUACAUUUUCAAACAUAAAUGAAUGUCAAAAAUUUAUUUUAAAUCAACAAUUACAAUAUAAUCCAAAAAUAUAUUUAAUAUCAUCAUAUUAUUCAGCUGAACAAUUAUUUACAUAUGAACAUGUAUCGAAUAUAUAUGCAGCUUAUUUAUAUUCAAAUCAAAAUGAUAUGCCAUCUCGAUGGAUAAGUAUUUUUCCAAGAAUACGAGGAAUUUAUAAAAAUUUAGAUUCACUUUUUGAACAUUUUAAAUUUGAUAUUGCCACAAAUAUUGAAUUAUUACCAUCUCAAAAUCAACAAAAAGUACAUGGAGAUCUAUUGCCAGUAACAUUUUUAGAUUCAGAUCAAGAUGGAUUUAAACGUCAGAGAUAUGUAAUUGAAAUUGUACUUAAAUUACCACGUAUAUUAGAAGCUAAACAAGAAAUGAUUGAUGAACUUCGUCGUGUAUCUAUUGAUAAUGAUGUAUUUUUAAGACAGAUUAAUGAUUUUGAACAAAAUUAUCAUUCAAAUGCAGCUAUACAAUGGUAUACACGUGAUUCUUUUCUUUAUCGUAUAUUAAAUCAAGCAUUACGUUGUGAAGAUAUUGGAUCAAUAAUAAAACAUCGAUUUUUUAUUGCUGAUUUAUAUCAAAAUUUAGAGGAACUUCAUUAUCAAAUACUUAGUUCAUAUAAUAAUUCACAACAAACUAUAUUAACAUAUUAUCGAGGACAAUCAAUGUCACCAUCAGAAAUUGAUCAAUUUAACCAACAAGUUGGAAAAUUUAUAUCAAUUAACACAUUUUUCUCUACAACAUCAUCACUUGAUAUUGCACUUAUGUUUGCUGGUGGAUCAUCACUUGAAGGUAUAACAUCAAAUAAACCAGUUAUAUUUAGUCUUGAAGUUAAUCCACUUAUUGAAAAUACACGACCAUAUGCAAAUAUCAAUUUUUAUUCGGCUUAUGAGGAAGAAGACGAAGUUUUAUUUGCAUUAGNUAUGUUCCUAAAGCUUGAUAAGCGAACUCUUAUUAUAGAAUAG